GUGCGGGUGUACUUCGACAAGACCCUCACCGUCAAAUCCUUGAGUGUCCACGACUUCAAAUUCAAGGGCAAGUUUCCGUGCCUCCGCGUUGCGCUGUUGCUCUGCAAUGAGAAGCUGGACAACGAAGUGCAGUUGGUGGACGGUGUAAAGUGUCCGACGACCUACACCAGCGAGUCGUGGAGCGAAUCUGAUCCAUCCAGCAGGCAUCUGCGCAUUGGCGGGCGGAACGACUGUCUGAUGCCUCACCAGCUCGAAGAUCCGGAUCACAUGACGGUUCUCUACGGCCAGUGUCAGCCCAAAAACGUCCAUCAGAUGAUGCCGGCAUCAUAUAUGGGCUACAUGUUUACAACCAUCCUCCGCAACGCCCAUCUCAACGGCGAGUCAUUGCAGCCGGGCAUCAAGGCAGAAUACUUCAUGCACAUGGAGGUUGCAGCGAAGGAUAACUGCAAGUUCCCGGAUGUGGAGUACGUGGCCCCCAACAAGGUCGAGACGAUUCCCAGGUUGGACCUCUGGAAAACAAAAGAUAUCGGCGACAACUUUGCCAUCAGGUACUCAGGCUUCCUGAUGAUCGACACAGCGGGGAGCUACAAGCUGCGCCUUUGGGUCGACGACAGUGGGAAGAUGAUCUUCAAUGGCAAGGAGAUCUUCAAUCUGCCAAACUGUGGUUCUACGCGCCAGCAAGAGUCCGACUGGAUGGACUUGGAGCGAGGAAACUAUCCCUUCGAGGUCCAGUUCUUCGAGGCCUCAAGUCAGGCCACGGCGAGGUUUGAAUGGCGCACGCCCGGCAGCUCCAGGUGGGCGAUCGUGCCUGAGACAGCCUUUGCCAACAAGCAAGAUGCCUCCGAGUGGACUCAGAGCUCCAUGGCCAAGGGCUGUGCUGGGAACACCGCACUGGGAUCUGUGAACCCGGGUAUGUUUCUGAAGGGCGGCGUUUCGAUUGGCGCUGAGAUGGACUGCCGAUUCGUGCCGCUUCUUGCCAAGGAGGAGCCCAUCGAGAUCCAGACAAAACGAAGUUUUGAGGACGGCGACAAGUGGCCCGAGUGGUGGGAAGACAUCGAGACCUGGGAGAUGCAGUGUCCACCCGGCAGAGUCCUGCAGACGAUUGACUUCUACAAAGAUGACAAGAAGCUCAGCAUCAAGUACGUUUGUGCUGUCGCUGCUGGCUUGGGGCAGUGCUACCCCAGCUGGACUGACCAGCAAGAUGCUCGCGAGUUCAAGGACAGCGCAGUCUCGAGAGGCGUCCUGUCUCGCCUACCCGUCGUUUGUCCGGGACACGACCUGCUCAGUGGGCUCCACUUCGAGUAUUCCAUGGGUGGUCUCUGGGCACGCUUCAAAUACACCUGCUGCAAGGAAUCAGGCGCUCCGGUGGCCACGGUGUCGCGGGGUCCUGAUUACCACUCCGUGGAUCGCUACGAAGGCUCCUACUGUCCCGAGAAGGUGGGAGCAACGGGCCGCAUCGACUACAAGCAGCAGGCUCUGAAGCCGGACACACCGCCAGCGAAGCUGACCUUCAGCGAAGACAGCGGCAAGUGGUGCAUUGACGGCGAGUGCUCUUCAGAGGGGGACGACUUCGAGCCCAUCGGACUUCGCAUCGGCAAGCUGGAAGCCACC